UCGCGCUUUUCUGAGGUCCGUUCGGAACCCGCCUCCCGAACCUGCAUUUUGAAGUAUGGCGCCUAUUUCCCGCUCGAUGUCUUCCAGGGCGCGUAAUCGCUCGUUCGCCAGGCUGUAGGUAGCCAUUAUCCCUUUAGGAUCCUCCUCUGGAGGACUUUCUCCUUUUACGAAAUGCGACGCUGGAGUCCGGAAGUGGCCGCCGACUGCGCCUGCGCAGAGUGCUCGCUCGCUGGUACUACAAUUCCCAGGAUGCCUGGCGCAGUCUUCCUUUUCUCGAGUCACCUGGUGAACUACAACUCCCAGAGCCUCCUGCUCUUAGUCAGGUCUGCGCUUCCGGCUUCGGACAACCCUUGCGAACCUUUCGGCUCUUGGGGCAUUAGUGGGUCUCAGCAACGCACGUCUUCGUUCUAUCAAAACCCGGUUUGAGGGCUUGUGUCUGCUGUCCCUGCUGGUUGGAGAGAGCCCCACGGAGAUGUUCCAGCAGCACUGUGUCUCUUGGCUCCGGAGCAUCCAGCAGAUCCUCCAGUCCCAGGAUCCAGUCCCCACAAUGGAUUUGGCUGUGGCUGUGCUGAAGGACUUGCUCCGAUACGCAGCCCAGCUUCCAACGCUCUUCCGGGACAUCUCCACAAACCACCUCCCUGGCCUUCUCACGUCCCUGCUGGGCCUCCGACCAGAGUGCGAGCUGUCGGCACUGGAGGGGAUGAAAGCUUGUAUGAUCUACUUCCCUCGGGCAUGUGGCUCUCUUAAAGGCAAGCUGGCUGCCUUUUUCCUGUCUCGGGUGAAUGCUCUGAGCCCUCAUGUCCAGCAGUUGGCCUGCGAGUGUUAUUCCAGGAUGCCUUCCUUAGGGGCUGGCUUCUCCCACGGCCUGAAGCACACAGAGAGCUGGGAGCAGGAGCUGAAUUCCCUGCUGGCCUCCCUGCACAGCGUGCUGGGCACCCUGUAUGAGGGAGCAGAGACAGUUCCUGUGCAGUAUGAGGGGUCUGGCGUGGAGACACUGCUGGCACCCUCAGAAGACAGGGAUUCCCAUGCGCUGCUCCAGCUUCAGCAGAAGUUUUCUGGACUGGCCCGCUGCCUGGGCCUCUUGCUCAGCUCUGAGUUCGGGCCUCCCGUGUCCGUCCCUGUGCAGGAAAUCCUGGAUCUCAUCUGCCGGACUCUCAGCAUCGGUGCCAAGAAUAUAAGUUUGGUUGGAGAUGGUCCUCUGCGGCUGUUGCUGCUGCCCUCAGUCCACCUGGAAGCCUUGGACCUGCUCUCCGCCCUCAUCCUUGCGGCUGGCAGCCGACUCGUGCGCUUUGGGGGCCUGAUCAGCCGCCUGCUCCCCCAGGUCCUCAAUGCCUGGAACGUGGGUAGGGACACCCUCUCUCCCGGCCAGGAGAGACCUUACAGCACUGUGCGGGCCAAGGUGUACUCAGUCCUGGAGCUGUGGGUGAAGGUGUGUGGGGCCUCAGCAGGCGUGCUCCAGGGAGGAGCCUCAGCAGAGGCCCUGCUCACCCACCUGCUCAGUGACAUCUCCCCCCCAGCCGAUGCCCUUAAGCUGCGGAGCCCACGGGGAAGUCCAGAUGGGGGUUUGCAGUCUGGGAAACCCAGUGCCCCCAAGAAGCUGAAGCUAGAUGUUGGGGAUGUGGUGGCUCCACCAAGCCACCGGAAAGGGGAUAGCAAUGCCAACAGUGAUGUGUGUGCAGCUGCACUGAGAGGCCUCCGCCGGGCCAUCCUCAUGUGCGGACCUCUCAUCAAGGAAGAGACUCACAGGAGACUGCACGAUCUGGUCCUGCCCUUGGUCAUGGGUGUUCAGCAGGGGGAGGCCCUAGGCAGCUCCCCCUAUACUAGCUCCCGUUGCCGUCGAGAACUCUACCGCCUGUUGCUGGCACUGCUGUUGGCCCCUUCUCCUCGGUGUCCGCCACCUUUGGCGUGUGCCUUGCAAGCCUUCUCCCUUGGCCAGCGAGAAGACAGCCUUGAGGUCUCCUCCUUUUGUUCCGAAGCACUGGUGACCUGUGCUGCUCUGACCCAUCCCCGGGUUCCUCCCCUGCAGUCCAUGGGCCCCACCUGCCCCCCACCAGCCCCAGUGCCUCCUCCUGAGGCCCCAUCUCCAUUCAGGGCCCCACCUUUCCAUCCCUUGAACAACACCAUGCCCUCGGUGGGCCUUAUGCCAUCAGCGGGCCCUAUGCCCACAGAAGGCUCGAUGCCACCGGCACGCCCUGUACCUCCAGCCACAGCCAACCACUUAGGCCUUUCCGUCUCAGGCCUGGGUUCUGUACCCCCUCGGCUCUUGCCUGGCCCUGAGAACCACCGGGAAGCCUCAAAUGAGGACCCAGUCCUUGCCCCAAGUGGUAGUCCUCCUGCUCUCCCAGCUGAUGAGACGUUUGGUGGGAGAGUGCCCAGACCAGCCUUUGUUCACUACGAUAAGGAGGAGGCGUCAGACGUGGAGAUCUCCUUAGAGAGUGACUCUGAUGACAGCGUGGUGAUUGUCCCUGAAGGGCUGCUGCCCCUGCCGCCCCCAGCCCCC